GAGAAGACAAGCGAUGAACACAAAGUUAUUUUUAGCGACAAAAACAUGCUGAGGAAUGUUACGUGGACGAUUGUCCUGCUGACAAGUACAUUUUUGUCAGGCGUGAGCGAUCAUGGUGUCGCUGCAGCGGGCUUUUUCGGAAGAGACCGUAGUCACGCACCACAACCUCCCUCUAGCCCGGACUCUAGUGGUACGGGAAGAUUGCCGACUCACUCUCGCCCAGAACGUGGAAAGCUUAUAGACAAUCCGAUUCACGUUGAGGAUCUGCACCAAGCGUUCAUCGAGUUACAGGCUGACUACGCAAGAAAGGCGUUGUACAGCAACGGGGACAACGAAAAAGAAGCAACUCGCUGGCGAGUACUGAACAACCGUGACGGUGUAGAAGUGGCAAUCUUAGAACAUCCAUCAGACCCCGCGUGUCCUUACGUACGAAUGAAAGCCAGGAUACCAGUGUCGGUCCAAUCGUGCUGGGAUUUUUUGCGAGUGAGUGAAUGGGAUCGGACCAUGCCCAAAAUGGACCCAUUUUACGAAGGCGUCAGUGUCCAUGGGGAGUGGGUGCAUCGUAAAACUCACAUGAUUCUGUGUCGAAAGCGAAUGAGACGGAUCGGAAUUUACGGCAAACGAGAUUUGGUCUUUCUCUCCGUCACGGACGUGCCUCUCCGCGACGGAACGUUGACGUCGGGAACUGUGUCCGUGCGGACGAACAAGGUUCCACGAGUACCCGGUUAUACACGAUGCUUUCAAGAUUCUAUCGCGUUCUAUAAGCCUGUGAACAAUGACUCUCAGACUGAUCUGACGAUUGUUUGCCGCAUUGAUUUGAACGAUUCGGCCGAAGAUGGAAUGGGUGGACUGAUUCCCAUGUGGUUUUACGUGAAGACAAUCGGAAUAACUGGUGUACAAUCGGUGGUACGAAUGCGAGAAGCUUUGGUGCAAGAACAAACAGAGCGGCUGUCGGGCAGACUAGGAGAAUAG